AUGGAGCAACGCGUACAAUCGCUCGUCUCUGUCCUCUCUCAGGUUCGCUACAUUUUGAGCAACCAACCCUCCUCCUCCUCCUCCUCCUCCUCCUCUUCC